UAAUUCAGACAAAGUUCGUAUCUUUUUCCUCGAUGAGCGGUUUGAGAAAAUCGGAAUAGUUGUCUCUGUAGGCAGUUGUCUUCACGAGCAGAGGAGACAUUGUCCUUUUGAUUCUUCUUGAGCUUAUUUGAGGAGAGAAAGAGAGAGAGAGAGAGGAUCUGAUGUGUGUCUCAAUCUCGCAAGUCUCUAGAUUUAGAAUCCAUUCAUUUGGAAGUUCUUGCUGUGAACGUGUUCAUGGCUGGUUCAAGAACAGCUCAAGCCUGAAGCUGCUUGAUGUUAGAGCUUCUUCGGUUGAUGGUAAAGCUAGAUGGAUCAGACGAAACUUGAGUACAAGUACACAAGGUAGUAGAAGCAACACUAAGAGUAGUGUGUUGGGAGGAACAAUUCCUGUAACUAGGAUUAUAGAUGAAGAGAGCAGGACCAAGAUACAGCAGCAGCCUUUUGGAAAUCUUCAGCAACGGCUUGCCCAAGAAAAAGAUCUGCCUAAACUCCUCACAGUUAUAGUCGCUGAUCUUGAGACAACCGGCUUGAGUAGAGUGAAAGAGAGGAUAAUUGAAAUUGCAGCACAGGAUAUAGCUGGUGGUGAGUACAGCACAUUUCAGACUCUCGUCAACCCGGGGGAUGUUCCUCUAACUAACACACAUAUCCACGGUAUCAGGAAUGAUAUGGUUCGUCGACCCGAGGUUCCAAAGAUGGAAGAGCUGAUACCGAUAUUUCUGCGAUAUGUAGAGAGUCGACAGAAGCCUGGAGGUUAUGUGAUGUUAGUUGCACACAAUGGGAAAACAUUUGACUUCCAGUUUUUGAUCAACGAGUUUAACCGUUGUUCUUAUGAGAUUCCUCAUAAUUGGUUGUUACUCGACUCACUCCCACUCGCUAGAGAAAACAUGAAGUCCUUAGAGCCAACAGUUAAGCCAAAAGCAACACUACAAGCUCUUGCAGAUCACUAUAGUCUUUCAAGGACUGGUGACGCUCACAGAGCCUUGUCAGAUGUUUUACUCCUAUCUCAGGUGUUCCAGAAACUCACCAUUGAUCUCAAGCUCUCGAUUUCUGAUCUUGUUCUCCGCUCUCACACGGCAUCAGAUAUCGCGACUGCCAUGGCCAAGAACAAGAAGGCCUGAAACAUUGUAGCCAUAGAUAAGCUUCUUUUGGGAUAUUCAUCUCAUCUUAUUAUUAAUGUAUCUAACUCUGCAAUUAUGUAACCAAUUAUUUAAUUUGAUUCUAAAA